UGUUAAUGUCCAUGAAAGUAAGUGGAACUCAGACACUUGCUCACAGGGCUUUUUCUUCAUAGCUGUUACAGUUAUCACUGUAUCUAAUCUUAAAUACACAGCGGAGGAGCAUAGCACAGUGAGAUUCCAUGCCAUUCUGGAGGAACUAAUUGAUGACAUCAUCGCAGUGAAUUGGUGCGCAAACUGAUUUUAUUGGAAGGAGUGAGAAGAGAAAGAAGUGGGAAAGAUGAUGAAAGCGUUGGUUGUGGUGUUGGUUUGUUUUGUCUUCAGGCCCGAGCCUACAGGGGCUCAGUUUCCUAGAGUGUGCUGCACGGUGGAGGGGAUCGUGUCCAAGCAGUGCUGCCCGUCUCAGGGCUCGGAUCCUGCUAACGUGUGUGGAAGUUUAUCAGGGAGAGGAAACUGCUCCAACAUCAGGGUGGACAGCAAACCCUGGGGAGGACCUUAUCGACUGAGAAAUGUGGAUGAUAGAGAGAGAUGGCCGACUAAGUUCUUCAAUCAGACAUGCAGAUGCUCUGGUAACUUUGCUGGCUUUGACUGUGGCCAGUGUAAGUUUGGCUGGACAGGACCAAACUGCGACAAGAGAAAAGCCCCAGUGAUGAGGAAGAACAUCCACUCUCUGACACCAGCUGAGCUCCAGCAGUUCCUGGAUGUGUUGGACCUGGCCAAGACCACCACCCAGCCAGACUAUGUCAUCGCCACGCAGCACUGGCUGGGCCUCCUGGGACCCAAUGGAACCGAGCCUCAGUUCACCAACAUCUCCAUCUACGACUUCUUUGUCUGGCAGCACUACUACUCUGUCAGGGACACACUCCUUGGUCCAGGCCGUCCAUUCAGAGCAAUUGAUUUCUCCCACAAGGGCCCAGCCUUCAUAACCUGGCACAGGUACCACCUCCUCAGCCUGGAGAGAGAGCUGCAGAGAUUAACAGGCAACGAGAACUUUGCUGUGCCAUACUGGAACUUUGCUACAGGCCAGAGUGAGUGUGACGUCUGCACAGACUCUCUCCUGGGAGGGCGGAACCCAGAAAACCCCUCCCUCAUCAGCAACCAGUCCAGGUUCUCCAACUGGGGAGUGGUGUGUAACAGUCUUGACGAAUAUAACCAAUUGGUGACUCUGUGUAACGGGACCAACGAGGGCUCCAUCAGGAGAGGUGUGGUGGAGAGGAACAACAUGAGUCUGCCCACCAUGAAUGACGUGAGGAGCUGCCUCUCCCUCAGGGACUUUGACAGCCCUCCCUACUUCACCAACUCCACAUUCAGCUUCAGGAAUGCUCUUGAAGGUUAUGACAAACCAAAUGGAGAGCUUGACUCAUCGGUGGAUAACCUGCACAAUCUGGUCCACUCCUUCCUCAAUGGGACCAGUGGUCUGGCCCACUCUGCUGCCAAUGACCCCAUCUUCCUGGUGCUCCAUGCAUUCACGGAUGCCAUCUUUGAUGAGUGGAUGAAGAGGUUUGUUCCUACAAACUCCACCUACCCAGAUGAGAUGGCUCCUAUUGGCCACAACAGAGAUUUCAACAUGGUACCCUUCUUCCCUCCAAUCACCAAUGAGGAGAUCUACGUGGCAGCUGAACAACUGGGCUACUCCUAUGCCAUUUCACUGGAAGACAGCGAUGGUGGAGCCACUGUGUUUGUGCUGGGGUCCACUCUGGGUGGUGUGUUCCUGGGCCUUCUGCUUCUCCUCUUCAUCAUGGUGCUCAACCUGCAACGGAGAAGAAGAAGAGGCUUUGAACCUCUGAUUAAAGCAGAGUUCACAAACAGAAGAUACACCGAGGAAGCCUAGAUGAUAAAGUGGUUGUAAUAUUGAACUGUUCUUCAGCACUCAUACACACCUAAGUCCUCCACAAACCUUUUUAUUUUUAAAGGCUAAGGCUACCACUACAUCUAUCACUACAAGUGAACCAAAUAGAAAAAGAAAAAAUUCUGUGCGCGAAUCAUUUUGUCCUGUAAUUAUUUGCCACAUUUUAAUGCUUGUAAAACUAAAAUUAAGUAAUCAGAUUACAAAGUUGUUGUCAUCUUUUAUCAAAUGUUUAUUUGCAAGAAAGAGUAACAAAAAAUUGAACAAAUCUUUUUAAUUGCAAUAAAAAACUGUAAGGCAUAAUUGUAAGAGUUUUAUGUCAUCUAGAUCAUUGUACAUAUGAUUUUACAAAAUGUUAAUGAAUAAUGUUUUGGAAACCUUUAUUUUUACAUUACUUUUGCUGAUUUAUGAACAUCCAUUUUCAAGACUUUAUUGCAAAAAUAUUACCAUUAAAAGUGCAAUGAUACAAAACAUAAAAACAGUAUCCUCUCUGACCAUUGUUCAUAAUAAAGAAUCUUAUUCAAGGA